AUGCCUCUUCCAAAUAAAUCUCAUACCAGUCUUGCAUCCCGCAAAUCUUCGUUCUUCAAUGCUCAUCAAUUGGCAAACCCUCCUCAACCCGAUGUUUAUUAUGUUGGGGUUGAUGUUGGUACUGGUUCUGCUAGAGCUUGUCUUAUUGAUACUAAUGGGAUUAUAUUAGGAUUAAGUGAACGUCCUAUUAAAAGACAUGAAUUAAAACCAAAUUUUAUCACCCAAAAUUCUACCGAAAUUUGGAACUCAAUUUGUUAUUGUGUUAAAAAUUGUUUAAGAGAUUCGGGUGUUGAUCCAAGUGAAGUUUUCGGUAUCGGGUUUGAUGCUACUUGUUCUUUGGUUGCAAUUAAUAAAGAUAGCGAUGAACCUCAAGCCGUUGGUCCCGAUUUUUCUGAUCAUAAAGAAAAUAUCAUUUUAUGGAUGGAUCAUCGUGCUCCCGAUGAAACUAAUGAAAUUAAUGCCACUGGUGAUAAGGCUUUGAAAUACGUGGGGGGUCAAAUGUCAAUUGAAAUGGAAUUACCCAAAAUUAAAUGGUUAAAACAUAAUGCCCCCGGUGGUAUUGAUUCAAUGGUUUUCUUUGAUUUACCCGAUUUCUUAACUCAUCGUGCAACUAAAUCAAAUGCCAGAUCUUAUAAUUCAACCGUUUGUAAACAAGGUUUUGUUCCAUUUGGAGUUGAAGGUUCCACCACUGGUUGGUCAAAAGAAUUUUUAGAAUCGGUUGAUUUGCAUGAAUUGGUUGCUAAUGAUUUUGAAAAAUUAGGUGGGAUCCCCGGUAAAAAUGGGGAAUUCAAAAGUGCUGGGGAAAUUGUUGGUAAAUUAAGUGCUCAAGCUGCUGAAGAAUUAGGUUUAACCACCGAAUGUAUUGUUGGUAGUGGGGUUAUUGAUGCUUAUGCUGGUUGGAUUGGUACAGUGGCUGGUAAAGUUGAUAUUCCAAAUGCUCCAGAAUUUUCUGAAGAAUCAAAUGGUUCUAUUUCAAAUUCUUGUGGUCGUUUAGCCGCCGUUGCUGGUACUUCAACUUGUCAUAUUGCCAUGACUAAAGAUGCUUGUUUUGUUAAAGGGGUUUGGGGUCCUUAUAAAGAUGUUAUGGCUCCGGGCUAUUGGUUAGCUGAAGGUGGUCAAUCUUGUACUGGGGCCUUAUUGGCCCAUGUGUUGGCCAUUCAUCCUGCUAAUAGUGAAUUGGCUCAUUUGGCUGAAGCUUCUAAUUUAUCUAAAUUUGACUAUUUAAAUUUAAUCUUGGAAACUUUAACUAGUGAUAAUAAAUUAAGAAGUGUUGUUAGUUUGGCUAAACACGUUUUCUUUUAUGGUGAUUUCCAUGGUAAUAGAUCUCCAAUUGCUGAUCCAAGAAUGAGAGCUUCCAUUAUUGGUCAAUCAAUGGAUUCUUCAGUUAAUGAUUUAGCAGUUCAAUAUUUUGGUGCUUGUGAAUUCAUUGCUCAACAAACUAGACAAAUUGUGGAGGAAAUGGAAAAAGGUGGCCAUGAAAUUGAUUGUGUCUAUAUGAGUGGUGGUCAAUGUAGAAAUGGGUUAUUAAUGAGAUUAUUAGCUGAUUGUACUGGUAAACCAAUUAUUAUUCCUCGUUAUAUCGAUGCUGCAGUUGUUUUUGGUUCUGCUUUAUUGGGUGCUGUGGCUUCUAAAGAUAGUGUUGAUGAACAUAUCAAAUUAAGAGGUAGAUCCAGAAGAUCAUCUAUUUUAAAGAGUCAAACUUCAUUAAACAACUUAACUUCAACCCAUAGUCGCCAAACGAGUGAUUAUGAAGAACCUCAUUCCCCUUACACUGCUCCAACUGCUACUACUUCAAGUACUAAUAUGAGUACCUUGGUUUACGCUAGUGGCCAUGCAGGAUCCCAUCAUCAAAUGAAUACCAUGACUCCAUUGGGUGAAGAACAAGCUGAUUAUUUCGGUGGUGAAGGCCAAAAGAAUCAAGAUAGUGAUUCUGAUGAAGAAGAACAAACCUUAUCCUUUGGUUCCAAACAAAAUGUCCAACAAGAUGUUCAAAAAGGUAUCCAUAAUAAAUUACAAGGAUUAAACUUGAAACCAUUAACUCCUUCUAAAGCUAAAAAGGCUGAAUCCAACCCUGGUGAUAAAUUAUGGAAGAUUAUGGAAAAUAUGACCGGUCCAGGUAGAGUCAUUUUACCUAGUGACGAACAACAUCCAGAUCGUAAAUUAUUGAAUGCCAAAUAUAAAAUCUUUUUAGAACAAUGUUAUAAACAACAAGAAUAUAGAAAUUUGGUUGACCAAGUUGAAGAAGAAAAUUUAAAAUCUUUGAAGAAACACUAA